AGUUUUGUUUUGAUUACCCAGUUGUUCACAUCGUAGAAGAAGCAGAAGAAGUAGAAAAUCAUUAUAGAAGCAGAGAGAAACAGGAAAAUACAAGUUCGAUAGCGAGCAUUGGAGUUUUAUUCCAACCGUCUGAUCAGAGUGGAGGCAACCCACCCAGUUCUUUUUAGGACUAAUUGAGUUAAUGAAUUUUCCACCAAAAUUUGCCUUGCCGCUUCGCUCGGUCAAUUCAGUUCCCCAAUUGCCGUCCUCCAGUGCGAACAUUUUCAAUCAAUUAGUUCUUCCUCACAUUUUCUUUUUUUUUCUAGUUAUUGUUUUUCUCUUGUACUCUCUACUUCUAGCCGAAAGAUAGUGUAUGGAAGAACAAUAAAAUGAAGAAAUACGAAAGGUAUCAAAGAAUGGUGCGAAAGCCGGAGUAUCGUUUAACAAAAUUUUCGUGCAAGUCGAAACGUUGAACGGAUAAUUUUCAAAAGAUUAAAUGUACGAAACACAAAUUGCAGAAUUGCGAGAGUCAUACAUAAUCAAAAGACCAACCUUGGAGCGCGAUAAAAGGUAAUCUCACCUGAAACAAAAAUCCACCUAAGAACGGAUCUAUAAGAGAAAAAUUAAAGGCCCACAAGUUUUCUUAGGCGUUAGGAAAAAAUUGAUUAUUCUAUGUCUAUUGACUUAAAAAGCGGUAAAAGAAUUUCUUCGUUUUAUCAUGUGCCGUAAAAACAUUCGCUGUACUUUCCAAGAAGUAGAUCUCAGAAGAUUUACAAUGACGCUCGGUUUAACCCAUGUGAUACAGUGCGAUUCCGAUUUUGUUAAUGUUUGAAAAUCCCUUCUCGUCUGCCCGUGUUUCAAGUGCACUGGAUUAUUCAUUACAAACAGCAUUUGCUCUGUGUAUGCAAACAGUGCAAAUUUGAAUGAAAAUAAAAUCUACAAAUUGAAAAGACAGAUCGCACUCUAAUUAAUGUACACACAUUUGUACAUGAUUGUUUAGAAAGUGAUACGCGUUAUCUGUCUAGAUCAAGAUGAAAUAGUUUAAAUAGAAUGAUAUCCAUUCCGAUGGUCACGUAUUCUGGCACUAGGCUUCCAGUUUAGGUGGCAGCAAUAUGUUGAUUCGGUUCACAAUUUCACUCAUUCUCUGUUCAGCUGGAAGCCUCGUACGUAGCGGAAUUUCCUCCUGUCGGGAUGUGAAAUCGGGCUUCGAUGGAGUUUACCUACUGGAUCCAGUGUUGGCAUCGAUCCCAUCGUUUCCCGCUACCGUAAUUCAUCGACGCUUUAACGGUAAUGUUAACUUCAACCGAUCCUGGAGUGAGUUCAAAAAUGGCUUCGGCGAUUUGCAGGGCGAACUUUGGCUGGGGUUAGAGAAGAUGCAUCAAAUUACACGAGUCGGUAGCCACGAGCUGUUGGUGCUUACAAAACUCAGGGACGGAACUACGCGAACGGCUCGUUUCGAUAGGUUCGCGGUUGGCAGUGAGUUUAACCUGUAUCAGCUUCUGAUAGGGCGUUUUGUGGCGGGCAAUUUGUACAGUGAUUUUAGCAAGCAUAAUAAAACGACCUUCGCAACCUUUGAUAAAGGUGGGGUUGGUCAGUAUUGUGCCCCAAUGAUCGGGGGAGGAUGGUGGUAUUCGAACUGUUACUACGAAAACUGGAAUUUGCCGUUCGAAUCGAAUGCAUGGAAGAUGUACGAGAGGGAGGCCCGCAUGCUUAUCAGACCGUUGUGAUUAACAUGAAAGUUAGAAUUCAUAAGAAACAAAGAAAGAGACGGAAAAGUGAGAAAUCGCUACGAGAAUAAAA